UUCAAACCAAGUUCUGAGACAAGGAGAACUCCUGGUGGAUAUCACAUAAUUCUACAUGCAGCCAGUGUUAACAUCAGGUGAAAUAAAUGGAGCUAAAACCUUUAUUGAAGAAGCUGGGUUCAAUAAUCCGCGCCAUCCUCACUUUUGUCUUUGCUUUGGCCGUCCUGGGUGUGAUGGUGUGGGCCUACGUUCAGGGCUAUCAGCUGCUGUCGUCCAUGUAUGGAAUCAUUUCCUUUGGCAUUUAUGGACUCCUACUCUCACUCCAUGUGUUGGUCCAGAGCUUGUUUGCCUUUGUUGAGCACCAGCGAAUGAAAUCUCGAACAAAACCAUGCUCCUAUACCAAAACAAUCGGCUUCACUAUAUCGGCUUACCAGGAGGACCCUGUUUAUCUCAGAGAGUGCUUAAACUCAGUCAGGGCCCUCAAGUAUCCCCCUGAGCUGCUGCGCAUCAUCAUGGUGAUAGAUGGGAAUUCAGAUGAUGACCAGUAUAUGAUGGACAUGUUCAAAGAGGUGUUUGCAGACCAGGAUCCGGGCUACUAUGUAUGGAAUAACAACUAUCAUACCUGGGAUCCCACCCAGGUCCAACAUGAUGAAGAAAUUGGCUCAGCAAUGGAAGGGGAUGCUGAUUAUGUGGUAGGAGAGGAUCCACAGAGAAAAGAAGUAGAGCGCCUGAUCCAGACCAAGAGAUGUGUGUGCAUCAUGCAGAAGUGGGGAGGCAAGCGGGAGGUGAUGUACACAGCAUUUAAAGCCCUGGGGCCAUCGGUUGAUUACAUACAGGUGUGUGAUUCAGAUACUAAGCUGGACCCUUUGGCCACAGUGGAAUUGUGCAAGGUAUUGGAGAGUAACCCCAAGUAUGGGGCUGUAGGAGGGGAUGUGAUGAUACUCAACCUUAAAGACUCUUACAUCAGCUUCAUGAGCAGUCUCAGGUACUGGAUGGCUUUCAAUAUCGAAAGGUCCUGCCAGUCCUUCUUCAACUGUGUGUCCUGCAUUAGUGGCCCUUUAGGUCUGUAUAGAAAUGAUAUCCUUCAGCAGUUUCUGGAGUCGUGGUACAAUCAGAAGUUUCUGGGAACUCAUUGUACAUUUGGUGACGACAGACAUCUCACCAACCGUAUGCUGAGCAUGGGAUAUGCCACUAAAUACACUGCUCGCUCAAAAUGCUACACAGAAACACCCGCUCAGUUCCUUCGCUGGCUCAACCAACAGACUCGCUGGACAAAAUCUUACUUCCGGGAGUGGCUCUACAAUGCAAUGUGGUGGCACAAGCACCAUCUCUGGAUGACCUAUGAGUCCAUCGUGUCAGGUAUUUUCCCCUUCUUUGUCACGGCCACCAUAAUCCAGCUGUUUUGGACAGGCACUCUGUGGGACAUCCUCUGGGUUCUGUGCUGCAUCCAGCUUAUCGGGCUGGUGAAAGCAGCCUAUGCCUGCAUCCUGCGGAGAAACAUGGUGAUGGUGUUUAUGUCACUUUACUCAGCUCUCUACAUGACCAGUUUGCUGCCUGCUAAGUACUUUGCCAUUCUCACGAUGAACAAAAGCAGCUGGGGAACAUCAGGCAGGCGUAAGAUUGUUGGUAACUAUAUUCCACUCCUUCCCCUGUCGGUGUGGGCUGCAAUUUUAUUAAGUGGACUCGGUUACACCAUCUACAAAGAGAGCAAAGAGGACUGGUCAACUGAGGCUAAAAAUGGAAACUAGAUUUCUUAUUUAUGGCUGUGUAGCCUAUGUAUGCUACUGGGUUCUUAUGAUGUUCCUCUAUUUUGUGUGGUUCCACAGAGCAUGUA